AAUGCGUACCAGUGUUCUGCUGUUGACGGUAGGCCUAGCUGUGGUGGCAGCUGGUCCGAGGAAUCCUCAAAGAAUCGUUGGUGGAUCAACAACCAACAUUUCUCAGUAUCCAUAUGCAGCUGCCUUGCUGUACUCAUGGGGUGGUUCGACCUUCUGGCAAGCGUGUGGUGGAACCAUCUUAAAUAAUAGAUCUAUCCUAUCUGCUGCUCAUUGUUUCAUUGGGGACACAGCUAAUAUGUGGCGCAUCCGUGUCGGAUCAACUAACGCUAACAGCGGCGGUGUCGUCCACAACACUAACUCAAUCAUUAGGCACCCCAACUACAACUCUCGUACUCAGGACAACGAUAUUGCUAUCUUGAGGUCCUCU